AUGGCCAGUUUCCUGACUGGGGACAGAACCAUUUCUAUUGGUAGCUGCAUCACACAAUUUUACUUUGUUAGUUUCCUUGCAGCCACCGAGUGUUAUCUCCUAGCAGUGAUGUCUUAUGAUCGGUAUCUAGCGAUAUGCAAACCACUGCAAUAUGCAACCAUUAUGAAUGGCAGUUUCUGCCUCCAGCUAGCAGCUGGGUCUUGGAUAAAUGGAUUUCUAGCUCUUAUCAUAAUAGUUUCUCUUAUGUUACAAUUAACUUUCUGUGGUGCCAAUGAAAUUGAUCAUUUUUUCUGUGAAUCUACACAAAUAAUAAAUCUCUACUGCAAUGACAUCUACCAGGUGGAGCUUGUAAUCACCAUUGUGGCUGCUUUAUUUACCCUGCCCCCAUUUGCUUUAACCGUCACAUCCUACAUUUGCAUCAUCUUCACCAUCCUGCGAAUCCCUUCCACCUCCGGGAGGCAAAAGGCAUUUUCUACCUGCUCCUCUCACCUCAUUGUGGUGACAGUUUUCUAUGGGACCCUGAUCAUUGUGUAUCUGCUACCAAAAACCAACAUUCUCAGAGACCUCAACAAAGUGUUCUCUGUCUUCUACACAAUUCUGACUCCUAUGGCCAAUCCCUUCAUAUACAGCCUGAGAAACAAAGAGGUGAAAGAGGCUCUGAGAAAAAUUGUCAGUAAAUGUGUAGAUUUUAUAAGAAUUCAGAAAUGCUACUGUAUUUUUUGA